GAUAGAUAGAUAGAUAGGCAGGCAGGCAGGCAGGCAGGCUGGCAGACACAACUUUAUUGUCAUUGCAUUGUACAGAGGCGUGGUCUGUAUCUGCUUUCUGAGAAUUCAGCUAGCACUAGUGAUUAGCUGCUUACUGGACACUUGACUAAACAGGAACUGAAGCACAGUAGGAACACUUUAACUUAAGUGAAUCAUUUUGAAAAAAACAUCACCAGAAAUGGCAAAUCUCCUGGAUAUGUUUAUACUACAGCUGCUGUCUGCUUUCUUCACACCGUGUCUCCUUCACAUCACUUCAUCUGACUUCAUAUCUGUCCAUCCUGGAGAGAACAUCACCCUGCUCUGUAACAUCACUGAUUAUCCUGAGAUAUUGUGGUAUCAACUGAGAUCUGACGAGGUGAAGCUGCUGAUAUCUGCUGAACAAGGGCUGCUGGAGAAAACCUUUUCCCUCAGUUAUAAUGUAAAUAAAAGUCACUUUGACCCAACAGAAAGCAGCAGUUCAGUCAGUUUAGUGAUUAUUGGAGUUCGAGAGACGGAUCUGGGGUUUUAUUACUGUGGAGGACGAAAUGAUGAUAAACACAUUCAGUUUGGGAAACUCAUCAGACUGAACUUUAACAUUACAGAUAAACCGCAUGAACAGCAUAAUCAUAGUAACUUCUCUGGGUGUACAGAUACACAGCAGUCUACAGAAACAAGGUUCUGGAUUACAAUGAGUGUGUGUGUGGCCUCUGUCCUACUGAACCUCAUCUGCAUGUGUGUGUUUUGCUACAGACUCAAAGGAAAGUCAGUAUCAUCAUGUAGCAGUUCCACAGAUGCUCCUGAAAAGGAGGAAAGCAUGCAUUAUGCCAGCAUCCAGCAUGGAGAUAGGCCCAGAGCAGCUGCUAAGAAAAACACAGCGACAGAUCCGGACUGUGUGACCUAUGCAGCAGUCGCUUCACAACAGCCUCGGAGACGCUGAUCAGGUGUCACAAACAGACGACUCUUUUUUUGUUAUAAAUAGAGAACUGAGUCUAUGGCCACAUUAAACUGGGUACAUUUCUAAACACUUAAUCUAGCUCUUAUUUUCCCCUAUUUGUUUUAUGUCUUUAUGUAUUUAAAAAAAAAAAGCGUGUUAUAAUUCCUCUAAACAGAGUUUUAGGCUGAUGGUAUUCAUUAUAAUUCAUUAAUAGAGCCUCAAAGCACUUUUGUAUGCUGCUCUGGAUGAGGGAGACUGAUAAAAGCUGUAAAUAUAAAUCAAUAAAACAUUUUAAAGUUAAUUUAAUAAUCAAUGUAAUGCACAAACUGAACACUUGGUCAUGUAUAUGUAAAAAUGCACAAAUAAACUAAAGUGAUU